ACCGUCGUCUGUUGUGCUUGCUGCGAAUUUAGCUGAUCCAUUAGCUCCUGCUCCUUCACCUCCAGCUCAUGCAGUUUCGAGGAAAUUAUGCCAGCACUGACUGCAACUGAACCAACCGAACGAACACCUACACAAAACGAACGAACAACCACUAAAAACGAAUGAGCAGAGACGAACGACUGAACUCAUUGGAACAAUUAUCCGGAUCGCCGUUCAAUUGAUAAGUAGUUCAAUUGAGCUCAGACUGAACGAUUCGGUGCAACUCUACUAUUUUCGCUACCAUAUCCCCAAGCAACACACAUUGGCAUUUUCUCUGUACGGUAAACGUUUCCAAACUGGGACUGUUGAACUAAAAUUCAAUAUAGUUAAUAAUUGAAUGCACAAACCAAAUAGCUCAAAGUGAAGUGGGGCCAUGGACGAAGAAUACUCAGCGGCGUCGACGGCUGGCGGUGGUGUUAAAAAAGCCGGCGUGGGUAAGCAGCACAAUACGCUGCCUUUCUGGGGUAAUGAGACAUCAAUGAAUUUAAAUCCACUUAUACUCGCCAACAUACAGAGCUCUAGCUACUUUAAAGUGCAUUUGUUUAAGCUAAAGACUUAUCAUGAAGUGGUAGAUGAAAUCUAUUACCAAGUCAAGCAUAUGGAGCCCUGGGAGCGUGGAUCCCGCAAAACUUCCGGCCAGACGGGCAUGUGCGGCGGUGUACGUGGCGUUGGCGCCGGAGGCAUUGUUUCCACCGCCUACUGUUUGCUCUAUAAACUGUAUACGCUGCGUCUAACCCGAAAGCAAGUCAACGGGCUGCUCAAUCACACAGACUCGCCCUACAUACGGGCACUAGGUUUUAUGUACUUACGGUAUACUCAGCCACCGGGUGAUUUAUAUGACUGGUAUGAAGACUAUUUGCAAGAUGAGGAAGAAAUUGAUGUAAAGGCUGGCGGCGGCCAGGUGAUGAACAUUGGACAAAUGGUGUAUCAGUUUAUGACAAAAUUGGAUUGGUUCUCCACGCUAUUUCCGCGCAUACCUGUGCCCAUACAAAAACAGAUUGAGAAGAAAAUUGAGCAAUAUUGCCGUGAGCAGGGCAUUACCGUUAAUCAGCUAAGCACAGGUCGUGGUAUUACAGCAGCCGGAGGAACGGUAGCUGCACCAGGAGGAGCAACUGCUGGUCCAGUGCCUAACUCAGAUUACGAGGGCGGCGGCGGCGGAGGCGGUACUGGGCGUACUCAAGGUGUAGCUCGUGGAGGCAACUAUCGCAACGAUCACGAUGAUCGCGAUUACUAUGCAAGUCAAGCCUCUAGCUCCAGCUAUGGACGCGGACGUGGCUAUGAUGAUUACCCACCACAGUCAAUUUCCUCAAUGUUGCCGUAUGGUGGCUCCGAGCGUGACAAGGAGCAUGGCGAACGCAGUGAGAGACGCCGCAGCAGCAAGCACAAGAAGAAGCACAAGCAUAGACAAAGCUCGCGCAGUCGCAGUCGCAGCAAAAGCGCCAGCAGUCGCAGCGCCAGUCGCAGUCGGCAUCGUCAUGACCGCAAGCGUGGCGAAGACCGCGGCAACAGAAAUCGACACAACGAGCAUUACGAUGACAGGGAUCGCGAGCGGGACCGUGAUAGGGAGCGCGAGCGUGAACGCGAACGGGAGAGAGAGCGUGAGCGACGCUAUCGUUGAAACUGCUGCUUGCCGCCUGUCCGCUCAACAUUGUUUUUAUAGCACAUUAAACAUAUACAUAUGGUAUACAUACUAAAUAUUUUUUUCUAUAAUUUACUACAACGUCCUCUCAGUUUUAAAACCAGAACUCUGCCAACGGCUGAGCUCUUACUCAGGUUAAAACAGCCACAUCCAGACCACAAAUUUAAACACAACACUUCUGCCUAUCAAUACAUGGCUAUAUUUUGUAAUUUGUAUUUUUUCAUGCUGAUUGUAAAUUCUUC